UCUCGCUGCCUGGAAGUUGAAUGGCGGCGGCUGUUUGUGGUGUGGAGGUUGUUAUCCAUGUUCUUGCUGUAUUCGACCUCAGAGACGCCGCUUUAUUGAAGCCCUUUGUUCAUAUUUUGUUUUAAAAGAGCUGAGUGGGUCUCUGCGGAGUUGACAGAAUGUAUGCAGUGUAUCGCCAAGCGCACCCCCCGACAGGGAUUGAAUUUGCUAUCUACUGCAGCUUCUUUUCAAACACUGAGCGAAAUCUUGUGGUGGCUGGAACAUCGCAGCUGCAGGUUUACAGGUUGAUCCAUGAUGCAGAGAGCUCUGUGAAAGGAGAUAAGUCUUCAGAGGUUAAAGGCCGGAAAGAGAAGCUGGAGCAGAUGGCAUCUUUUUCACUCUUUGGAAAUGUCAUGUCCAUAGCUAGCGUCCAGCUUGCAGGUUCCAAGCGGGAUGCGCUCCUCCUCAGCUUCAAGGAUGCCAAGCUGUCUGUGGUUGAGUAUGACCCUGGAACCCAUGACCUGAAAACACUCUCACUGCAUUACUUUGAGGAACCUGAACUGAAGGAUGGUUUUGUGCAAAAUGUUCACAUUCCUUUGGUGCGUGUGGACCCAGAUGGACGCUGUGCAGUGAUGCUGAUCUAUGGAACACAGCUGGUGGUUCUGCCUUUCCGAAGGGACACCUUAAGUGAUGAACAAGAUGGCGUUAUGGGGGAAGGGCAGAAAUCCAGUUUCCUCCCGAGUUAUAUCAUUGACGUUCGAGAGCUGGAUGAAAAAUUGUUGAAUGUGAUUGACAUGCAGUUUCUGUAUGGUUACUAUGAACCCACGUUACUCAUCCUCUUUGAGCCUAAUCAGACGUGGCCUGGUCGUGUAGCAGUGCGACAGGACACCUGCAGCAUUGUUGCUAUCUCCUUAAAUAUCAUGCAAAAAGUCCAUCCUGUCAUUUGGUCACUGAGCAACCUACCAUUCGACUGCACCCAGGCACUGGCAGUACCAAAACCCAUAGGUGGUGUGGUCAUCUUUGCUGUAAACUCGUUGCUAUACCUCAACCAGAGUGUCCCACCUUAUGGAGUGUCCCUGAAUAGUCUGACAAACGGAACAACGUCUUUCCCGCUUCGGAUUCAAGAUGGCGUGAAGAUUAUGUUGGACUGUGCUCAAGCUGCCUUUGUCUCCUACGAUAAGAUGGUCAUUUCCUUAAAGGGAGGAGAAAUCUAUGUGUUGACCCUGAUAACAGAUGGGAUGAGGAGUGUCCGUGCAUUCCAUUUUGACAAGGCAGCAGCUAGUGUCCUCACAACCUGCAUGACUACAUUGGAGCCAGGUUACCUUUUCCUCGGAUCGCGUUUGGGGAACUCCCUGUUGCUUAGAUACACAGAGAAAUUGCAGGAAGCACCAAUGGAUGUUGGAAAGGAUCGGGAGAAACAGGAUGAACCACCCAAUAAAAAGAAGCGUCUGGAUUUGUCAGCAGGUUGGAUUGCUGGUGAUGUUGCUUUACUGGAUGAGAUGGAUGAGAUUGAAGUGUAUGGGAACGAGGCUCAAUCUGGCACUCAGCUGGCUACCUAUUCUUUUGAGGUCUGUGACAGUAUAUUGAAUAUUGGCCCUUGUGUAAAUGCCUCAAUGGGAGAACCUGCUUUCCUUUCCGAAGAGUUUCAGAAUAAUCCAGAACCUGACUUGGAGAUAGUUGUGUGUUCAGGAUAUGGAAAGAAUGGUGCCCUCUCUGUUCUACAGACAGUACCACUGCAAGACCACCAUACAGGGCCGGAAGCUGCCACCGAAGCAGGCCAUCAAUGUCAGGCCACUGGAAUCCUGGGCCACAAGACCCCGCAGAAGCUGCCCCAAGGAACCAUCUCGUCACUGAUCCUGGGAAGGAAGAAUUCGCAUAAGCUGCCCAAAGGGAUGCUGGGCCGAAACCACCUCAUUGCCAAAGCUGCCGCUGACCUGUGCAACAGAACCCUGGGACAUGACGAAGAUGCCAAAGCAGACCACCACCAGACACAGCAUCAGUGA